UAGAAUAUGGUGGCAAUAGAUGCAAAUGUCAGAUUAGUUCAAAUAGUAAACAUGCUGAACAAAUUAGAGAAACAUCUGUUAUCACUUGGGAUAAGCUACUGAUGACUCAGAAAGGUAAUAUAGAAACAGUAGAUAUGUUACUUCGUGAUCUUUACAGUUGUAAUCUACCAUUUAGUGAAAAGGUUUUUAUUGGAAUAGGAGAUUUUCAUCAAGCUACACUGGUAAUUUCACGUAAUGGAAAAAUGGUCAUGAUUCUUAAAUUGAUUAAGUUAUCUUUGAUAUGGAACACAUUUGAAAUUUAUGAUUUACAAAAGCCAGUUUGA